GAAAAAGGCUCCACUUCUCAGCGAUGGCAGUCCAAGCCACCAGGACUUUUUAUCUGUUAAUUGUGUUAUCAGUUAGCAGUGUUUUUUAUUUUCUAUCAUGGGAACAUUCAGUAGAAAACGCCUGCUGGAAAACUUUCUCAGGGAAACUCUCUGGAAAAAAAGGGAACUCGACUCCACGUCCUGUCGUGUUAACCACAACACUCCAGGUGAAAAAAGUUGUUUCAACCAAAGCAAACCCACUGACAACUCCAAAGAAACAUCAAAUGAGCACUUCUACAAAUGCAGCAGCAGCUGAGUCGCCAAUGCCCGUCCUCUCCAAGAAAUCCUUCAAGAAGCUUCCAAAGUGGGAUUUUGAGGAUGUUUAUAACCAGGAUGGCCGUCCUGGACAGAGAACCUGUCCCCAGUCUCUGAGAAACUCGAAGGAUGAGAGCUUCAAGAAGGCUUUUCUUCCCAACAUACGUUUGUUUCUGCACAAAGACAACAUCAACAUGAGCGAAUGGAACCGACUUUCACAUUUUAACAAUCCUUUUGGUUUUAUGGAGUACAAGUACGACGAUGUGAUGCCUUCACUGAAGCUGAUUCCAAAGCCAACAGAGCCUCUGCUCCUCCCCAAACCAGGAGGUGAUGGCUGUGUGCGCUGUGCCGUGGUGGGUACCGCAGGAAUCCUCAAUGGAUCCAACGCCGGCGCAGACAUCGACUCUCACGAUUAUGUUUUCCGGAUGAACGGGGCCGUGACCAAGGGUUUUGAGGAAGAUGUAGGAAACAGAACAUCUGUGUACGUUCACACGGCCCACUCCAUCACCACAUCGAUAUAUUUGUUCAGGAGGUACGGCUACAUGGCUGCCCCUCACAGUGAGGGGAUAAAGUACGUCUUGAUUCCUGAAGGAAUGAGAGACUUCCAGUGGCUGGAGGGUCUUCUGAAAGGAGAAAGUGUCCGUGCCGGCCCGUACCACAAAAAAAUGCCAAGGACAUACUACUCAGGGCAGUACAACGAGAGCCGCUUCUAUGUUCUGCACCAAGACUUCCUCCGCUACGUACGAAACAGGUUCUUAAUGUCUCCUAAUCUAAACGCUUCAUUCUGGCCAAUAGUCAGACCAACCAAUGGGGCUUUCACUCUCUUCCUGGCUCUGCACACCUGUGACAUAGUGAGUGCAUACGGAUUCAUGACAGAAGACUACAGCAAAUACUCCAACUACUACUUUGAGAAGGAGAUUAAAACCAAGGUCAUUUUCUACAGCAACCAUGACUACAAUCUGGAGAAGAAGUUGUGGAAAAGCCUUCAUGACAGGAAAAUAUUUAAGCUAUAUCAGAAAUCUGAAUCAGGGCCAGAAAAGCCAAAGCAACGUUAAUACAUCAAGAAUUGCACAGACAAUUUCAAAAACGUCUCUCUCUACUGCUGUGUCGAACACGGAGCUAAGAUUUCUUUCCAUAAAACCACCGCUCAGGCCCAACAUUAACAAGGAAUCUAUAACAAUCAACCACCUCGUUCGUGACAUUUUUUCCCAAUAUCGUCAAUCAUAAAAUAUUUUAGGCAACUCUCCUGUCUUGGACCAUUUUUUAUAAUGCUACUUAGAAUUGUCCAAAUAACUUUAACACAUGUCUUUAUUAUCAUCUAAUAUUUUGUGAUAUUCUUUCUUAGAUUUUAUUUUAA